UUCCCUCCUCCCUCCAGGAGCGUGCCCAGACAUAAAUAGACAGUCAGUAGUGUCUCAGUCAGACAUUCAUCUUGAUAACUCAGAGGAGCUGCUCCAACUCUGAAGACUAUUGUUUUGGGACAUGUAAUGCAGAGAACCUUUCAUUGCAGGAGUUCAACUACAGUAAGCUGUCCUAGCAUUGAUUGACAGUGCUCUGUCUGGACUGUAAGACUCCGUCUAGAGGAGGUGUCUGCUGAAAAACUUUGCGAAGUGAAAGGGACAUUCAUCCUGUGAGCUCCAUUUAUGUGGAUGUGCUUUUUCUGUAAUUGCAACUUCAGGAAGGUAUUUUAAACUCUUUGGUCUUUCUGACACUUUCUGUUGACUCUACCUACGACUCAAGGAGAUCUUUGCCUGUCUCUGUUCAGGCAUGACGGGUCAGGAGAGGAGUGAGAAGAGUGAGUGUGUGUCCCUGUCACUGAUGAGGGAGGCUGUCCCUGCCCCACCGGAGUAUGAGAGGGUGUGUGUGUUUGGGACGGGGGACAUGGGGCGCUCUCUGGGCCUGCGUCUGCUGCAGGCGGGGUAUGGGUUGGUGUUCGGCAGCCGACGGCCCCACAGCAGCAGCCUCCUACCACACGGAGCACAGGUCCUGGGCCAUGCUGCAGCUGCCCAGUCAGCCCGUCUGAUCUUCAUCGCUGUCCAGAGAGAACACUACGACUUCCUGGUACCACUGGCCAAUCAGCUAAAGGGGAAGGUGUUGGUGGACCUCAGUAAUAACCUGAGGAAGAAUCAGUACCCAGAGGCCAAUGCGGAGUACCUGCAAAGUCUGGUCCCUGGAGCUGAGGUGGUUAAAGGAUUCAACACCCUGUCUGCCUGGGCUUUGCAGAAUGGACCUUCAGAUGCCAACAGACAGGUGUAUAUCUGCGGGGAAAGUGCAGAGGCCAAGCAGGUGGUGAUGGUGGUAGCCACCAAGCUGGGUUUCAGUGCCCUGGACCGGGGCUCUCUCUCAGCAGCCCGGGAACUGGAGGACUUCCCCUUGCAGCUGUUCCCCCAGUGGAGGCUCCCACUGCGCAUCGCCAUCGGCCUCAGUGCUGCCUUCUUCUUCUACUUGCUGAUCAGAGACAUCAUCUACUCAUACGUCACCCAGGGCAAAGACAUUUCCUUCAGAAUCAUGGUCUCACUGGCAAACAAGGUGUGUCCCAUCGUGUCUCUGAUCAUGCUGUCUCUCUGUUACCUGCCUAGUGUCCUGGCUUCCUUCCUGCAGCUCUACAGGGGCACCAAGUACAGGCGCUUCCCUGAUUGGCUGGACCGCUGGAUGCUGUGCAGGAAACAGCUGGGUCUACUGGCGCUGGGGUUCGCCUUUCUGCACGUGCUCUAUACACUGAUCAUACCCAUACGGUACUAUGUGAGGUUCAAGUCCACUGAACGCACUGUCUCUCUGAUCAGAGAGAACAGGACCACUGAGUUUGAUACCACAAUGGCCUGGCGUGGCGACUCCUACUUAUCCCUGGGAAUUCUGGGAUUUGGCCUGUACGUCCUGUUAGGAAUCACAUCUCUUCCCUCCGUCAGUAACGCUCUCAGCUGGAGGGAGUUCAGCUUCGUACAGUCCAAGCUGGGUCACCUGACUCUGCUGUUGUGUACGGCUCACACCUACCUGUAUGGCUGGAACAGGUUCCUGCGUUCCUCCACCUACAAGUGGUACACCCCACCGGGCUACAUGCUGUGUCUGGUGCUUCCCUCUGUGGUGCUGCUGCUCAAGCUGCUGCUCAUCACCCCCUGUGUGGACCGAACCAUCACCCGCAUACGCCAGGGCUGGGAGAGGGGGGCAGACUGGAGGAACCCUAAAGACAGCCAACCACUGAUCCCUUAGAGGACACAAAUACACACACAGACACACACACAGAGACACACACACACAGACACAAAAUAACACCCUCAGUGUGAUGACAGCUUUGUCAUCGAGGCAUGAACUCUUGUUUCUUUGUUCUGGCUAUUAUACCCUCAGAUGUUGGCUACCAUUCAAUCAUCGGUUGCCAUGUUUCUGGGAUCAAAAACCAACAAUAUAAUUUAAUUGAUAUGCAUUUGUAUUUCUUUUUGUAUUACACUGUAAACAUUGUUGCAUUUUAAUAGAAAUAUUUUCAACCGUACGUAAACCAGACACUAGUUUUCACUUGGUGAAACAAGUUGUCUCUCUUAUGUAAAGAGAAUGGUGAAAACUCUCUCUCUCUCUCUCUCUCUCUCUCUCUCUCUCUCUCUCUCUCUCUCUCUCUCUCUCUCUCUCUCUCUCUCUCUCUCUCUCUCUUCUUUGACUGACUGUAUAGUUAUCCCUGGAUGAAAUACAGGUUUCAUAUAUUUUGUGUCUGUCUGAUACAUCUCCAGGGGCAGGUCAGACACAUAAAAACAUAUAUUAUAUCAAUGUGAUCCUCUCUGGGGCAGAGUGUUGAUAUUUCCUCCAGAAAACAGACUCUCUGAAUCCCACCAACAGGCUUCCCUUUCAUCACUAGAUAGACAGAGUGGCCCACAGUGUCUUCUGUUAUGGGGAGCACUUCCAUUUGUUCAUGUGGCAAAAGUGACACACCAUCAGUGGCGACCCAUCAUUCAGGGCAGAGCCCCACCCGUUUUUUGUUGUUGCCUGUUUUGCAUGUUAUUUUGGCAUUU